CUUGACGAUUUGACAAGUCUAUUUCUAAAGUUCUAACCUAACAAAUUAAAUGUAAACAAACAAAAACGAAAAUCCAAAUGUUUAGAUUUUCACAAUCAUUUAUUUCCUUUUGAAAAACCGAUCGGUCGAAUUGUUUUGUUUGGAAUAAAAUUUCACGUCAUCAAUACCGAGUAUAAAUACAAAGUGACGCAAAUUAUUUUAAUUCUGUCAAAUUUUAUGAUUGUCAAUCUAAAUUUAAAAAUUCCUUAGCUAUGUUCUCCAAAAAAUCCAACAAAGCCAACAGCAAAAAUCACGACUCUCAACCGAAAGGGGCACUCCUAACGCCGCCAGAAAAUUUGUACAUACCCGAAUCGCAUUUCAUACCGGAAACUCAGUUUGUCCAAGACGGACAGGGCAUGCCCGACCAGCAGCAACUCCAGCCGCAGCAGCAGCAGCAGCAGCAACAACAGCAGCAACAACACUUCAUACCGGACCAAGUCUACGCCCCGCCCGACCCUUGCUACAUGCCGUCCGAAUCCGCCUAUUUGACGCAAGAUCCUAAUUUCUACCAGCUAGAGCAACCUCAGAUAAACAUGAUGCCCGAGCCCAUGAACGUGCCGCCGCCUAAUAUGACUAUGAACAUGAACGCCCCGCAUUUCCAAAGAGUGGGCCACCCUAACCACCACAAUAUGAAGCCGGAAAAUUCGGCUGUUUUGCAACUGCAGCAGAAAUCCAGUGUAGUAUAUCCGAUAGAUUUCUCGGACGUUAAGAUCCUUUUCGAUGGCUAUUCGAAAUUCGUUGACGGGGAUUAUUUCGCUAACUGCACUUGCACUCUUAUAAAAGGUGGCCCCAACAUUGUUAUUGAUACUAUGACUGUCUGGGACGAAGAGAAACUAAUACGGGCGUUACGCAACGAAGGCCUUAGCUGUGAGGAUAUAGAUUUCGUGAUUUGCACUCACGGGCACUCUGAUCACACCGGGUGCAAUCACCUGUUCAAAAACGCAAUUCACAUCGUCGGUUUCAGCAUUUCUCACAAAGACCAGUACUACUUGCAUCCAGAUUUUAGACAUGGAGAAGAGUUCAACAUCGAUCCUAGCACUAAUGCUAUUAAGAUAAUUCCCACACCCGGACACACCUUGCAGGAUGUUACUGUUUUGGUUUAUACCAGCGUAGGUGCACUAGCCAUCGCGGGCGAUUUGUUCGAAAAGGCAGAGGAUUUAGAAAACGAAUACGAAUGGUUGCAAGCUGGAAGUGAUAAUGCUAGCUUGCAAAGGAGAAACAGGCAGAAGAUACUCGAAAUGGCUGAUUACAUCAUUCCCGGCCACGGCCCCAUUUUCAAAGUACCUGAAAGAUUCAAGAAAUCGACAGAUAAAGUCUCGAUGAAUCAAUGAUGUUUUUUAAAGGAUACAUUUGUUUGAACAUCUGAAUUUGUCAAAAUUGUUGAUCUUUUGGAACUCGUGUAAUAGCAAAAUUUUUGUGAACAUUGGAAUUGGCGUUUCAAAAUUCAAUUCAUGAACGAUUUUUGUAUGUACUACUAUUAAACGUUUUAUUUUCUUUAUUUAAUUUUAACUAUCAAAAACUCGAC